AUGGGUCUGCCAGGGUGCGGUAUUCCGGAAGGUGAUCUACCGCAGUGCUGGUUUGAUGAUGUUCGAAUGAACGCACUUUUUGCACCUUUUCGGAUAAAGACCACGAACCCAGAGUCCUGGGAUAUGAAAAUGAAGUUUUGGUCAGAUAUGCUGCGGCAAUGGUGUAAACAUAAAAACGAUCCUAUAGUAUCUGCAGCAGAUGCUAAGGCUGUUUUUCACAGAAAAGGCAGAACACCAGCCUGCAUAGAUAUUGUCGUAGAAGAAAUGUUACGCGAUGGAGAACUCAGCCCCAUAUCAAAGUAUCACCAGAUACUCCACAAUGGACCUGAAGGUUGGGUGAAGUGGGGUGCACGGCUGGCAUUCAAACCAGCAGCAUUUGCCCUAACAGCUGUAGCCUCCUUCCUUCCUACGAGACAGUCCUUGGAUAGUGAUGGGCUGCCUAAAGCUGGUAUUGAUUCUACUCAACGGUUUGUGCUGGAAAGUGCCGUUAAGGAGCAAGCGACAGAACUAUUACAGAAUUAUCCGUCAGAUGCUGACCGUAUUGGCACUAUUGAAGAGCUCAUGCGCAACUGUGACUGGACUCAGAGCAGGGAGACAUUUGAAUUGUUGCUCGGGUACCUCGUGUCACAAGGACAUGCUGUAAAGAAAGGCGAUGUAGUCAAAAUAGCGGAGGGCAACAAGAAAGUGUCCUCGGUGACGGAGUCGGACGAGGCGUGCGUGAAGCUCGUGUGUGCGGAGCGUCGACUCGCGGCGGACGCGGCGCGGCUGGCGCGCGACUGCGGCGCCGCGCAACACGACGCGGCCGCGGCGCUGCGCCUCGGGAACAAGCUGGUGGCGAAGAAUCAUCUUCGACGGAAGCACAAAAUCCAGCAGAGACUCGACCGGUGCACCGUGGCCUUGGAAAAUGUACAGCAGCUUCUCCAGCAGAUGAGAGAAACUCACGUCAAUGUGGCCAUCGUUGAUUCUUACAGAACGGGUUCUGAAGCAAUGAAGCAGAAUAUGAAAGAGAAUGGUCUCACAGAGGAUGCUGUUCAUGACACCAUGGAUGACUUGAAAGAGGUAAUGGACACGUAUAAUGAAGUGGAGAAGGCCCUCGGUACCACAGUUGAGGACUUCGAUGCUGCAGACCUCGAGGAGGAGUUGAAGGAGCUACUUUCUUCUCCCGGGGGACCCAGCGGUGGCACUCCGGGCAAGGAGGAGAGGAAACACCCAACACCUGCCAAUAAAGCACGGAAGGCGUUAGAACGAGACUUUGUGUUCGACUGUGAAGAGCGUAUGUUGGCCGAACUGAACGACCUGGAUGUGGAAGAAGGCAGUCCUGGCACUAGGAGCAAGAAGGUGCCUGUGGCUGAAGCUGAGGCUGUCGCGGUACCACCAUCCACCCCUGAAAGGAACAAUUCUCCGAAGAGCAGUAAGCCGUCGAAGGCGUGGUACCCUCCGUCGGGCGAGUUCUCCCGCUCCAAGCCGUGGACCAACAACAACAACGAGUGCACGCUCGCCGACAUCGCCGGGGGCUUCGGCGAGCUGAGGCUCGACGAACGACUACAUCCAGGCCAAAAGUUAAACAUGGAUUUCACGACGCCCCCCCGGCUGUACAGCACAGACUUUCAGGUGCGCGACCACAAGCUGUCGGGCGGCGUGUGGCUCUACAACACCAGGGACAAAAACUCCAACAUCGACAGUGACCUCGGCCAGAGCACUGAAUACUUCAGCUCUGAAAGCCCGGGUAAGUCAGCAGCUGGGGUUGCUUUCCAAAUGGCGCCUGGCGGUGAACGAAGAAAAUCGACCCAAGAAUCGUGGCCCCAGGGCUCUGAUGUAGAAGACCUGGAGCGAAGACUAAAAAAUCUAAGAGGUUUUGAUAUAUAA